CCGCCGGCCGCGCGCCGUGUGGUGGCCGUUCCCGUUCCGUUUCGUCUCCCCAGGAGCGAGCCGAAGCUUCUGGAACGUUCCGUCCGGGGCGAGAUGGUCGUGCUGCACGUGAAGUCGGCGGUUCCCGCCUCCCCGUCGCAGGACGGGGACGAGGAGACGGAGUUCCUGUACGAGUGCGCCGCCUCCGCGGCCGUGGCGGACGUCGCGGCCGCCCUCGCCGCGCUCGCGGGCCUCCAGGCCGCCCUCCUCUCCCUCUGCCGCCGCAUCCAAGCGAGGUGCGCGGGUGCUGGUGCUGGUGCUGGUGCGACGGGCGAGCUCGAGAGGGCGCUGGACGAGGCCGAGGCCUACGCUUCCAAGGAGCAAGUGCAGCGUAACAGAUUCCUGUCCCCUCGUGCUCUAAGGGAACAUAUCAAGAACAUUGAGAAGAAAUGUGCUACUGCUCUACACGAACCUCUGGAGGCAUUGCCUCUGCAAGGGUCAUCAUCAGACAACAAGCAUGAGAGAAAACAGAUUUGGUGGGCUGGGAAAGAGCUAGCCAUGGACCAGAAGCUAUCCGACUAUAUCGGUGUUAAUGAUAAAACCAAGAUUGUCGUCAGGCUAACUCAAGCUCGUGAUGAGCGUUGAUUGUGCUCCUACCUCUUCAUUGAUAUCGUAGAGUUAGCUUCCUCUUGGAUUGUAAUAGGAUAUGGAAACUGUCCCUCAGUCCCUGUAAGACAUUUUUAAUUCCCUUGAGCCACAUUCUUUUCACCUGUAUUAACUGACAAUAGGUGUAAGUGUUUGACUUCUUAUACCAAUUGCUUGUACAAUAUAUCCUCACAGAGGUUUACUUCCUUUUGGGUGUUAUGUGCCAGUUAUCCCCAUUUAAUAAGAUGGUAUAAAUUUUACAUGA